GUUUAUGUUUUCCUCCAACUUGACACCUUUACGACAACUCAGUGCAGACGGCGUCAGCUGACAGUUUCGUUACACAGUGCAAACACUGCUGGGAACCACCCCCUGGUUCUCUGAGAAGAUCUACAGAAGUGGAAUUACUGCGCCAAAUCCUGUGCCAUGGAAUAAUUCUGGGAAAGUUUCCUUGGCAUCUUUUGAAGGAGUGUUUCACCUUUGCCAUGAUGUUGAACAUUGGAGGUCAGCGGUGGAGGUUCAGCUCAUGACUGAAAACCAUGAAGCAGCCGGAGAAGUGACACUGAAGCAACAUGGCAUCCAAGGAGAGACUGUACGAGGUCUGGAUGCUCUACUGCACCAAGAGGGAUCCAGACUACCUGAAGAUAUGGCUGGAGAUUUUCAUCAGCUCCUACGAGAGAUGCCUGGACGUGGACUUUGAAAAGCCACCUUCGAGGCCAGAUGAGCUUCCUCCCGUGUUGACGCUCCUCCCGGACAACAUCCUGCAGGUGUUGCGCCACCAGCUGCUGCAAUGCGUCCAGAAAGCCUCUGAUGGCCUGGAGGCCGAGCAGCAACACCUGGCUCUGCUGCUGCUCAAGUUCCUCAUCAUCAUCUGCAGGAACCUGUCCAACGUGGAGGAGAUCGGUACUUGCUCUUACAUCAACCACAUCAUCAACAUGACGACUCUCUACAUUCAGCAGCUGAAGAGCAAGACGAAGGAGAAGGAGAUGGCCGACCAGAGCCAGGCGGAGGAGUUUGUCCGUCACGCGCUGGCGUUCUGCGAGAGCCUCUACGACCCGUAUCGAAACUGGAGGCAUCGAACCUGCGGGCAGCAGCUGGGCACAGUAGAGCGGAGCAGACAGAAGUACAAAGCAGCGCCGCUCACUGUGGAGUUUGUUCCUUUCUUUUACCAGUGCUUCCAGGAGAGUGAGCACCUGAAGGAGAGUCUGAAAUGCUGCCUGCUGCACCUGUUUGGAGCCAUAGUAGCUGGUGAUCAGAGGAACGCUCUGUUUGCCAUCUCUCCGGCCACCAUGGAGGUGUUGAUGCGUGUUUUGUCCGACUGCUCGAUGGGCAGCUGCUCUUCAGAGGAAGGAGAGGACUGGGACAGCGAAGCCCCCGACAGAAAGGCUCUCCUGACUCUAGCCUGCCUUCGAGAAGUAGUUCAGCGCCUCCUGGCCGCCAGCUCCGACCAGAGGCAGGUGGAGAUCGCCUCGGUGCUGGAAAACUACUUCAAGCUGCUGAACUCUGACCCGGCGGCCAUCGUUGCUUCUCAACAACAACAACAACAACAACAGCAGCAGAAGCAGCAGCAGCAGCAGCAGCAGCAGAAACAGCAAGCGAAGGCUCGAGUCCCGACACUCGGACGGCACUGGGAGAGCAGAUUUGUGGCGCUGCAAGUUAACAUGCUGGACACCAUCAGGGAGAUGUUCCUGUGUUCAGACAGACCCGUUCUUCAAGCCAUCUUCCUCAAUAGUAACUGCUUUGAGCAUCUGGCUCGACUUCUGCAGAACAGCAAGCUGGUUAAUGCUAGGUGCACGGCGGCAGACAAGGACCAGAAAGAUAUAACCAACAACAGGUUACAGACAGGAGAGAGGGACACUCAGGUGUUUCAAGGACGACUCGACUCCCUCGCUGUAGCAACAAUCAAAGCCCUCACUACAGUGAUGCACAAAUCACCAGCUGCAAAGGAGGUGUUCAAGGAGAGGAUCGGUUACAAUCACCUGUACGAAGUGCUCACUUCCCUCGGCCAGCCGUCACAACACCUCCUCAAAGAGCUGAUGAACAUGGCGGUGGAGGGGGAGCACACCUCCGUGGGGCUGCUGGGCAUCAGUAACGUGGAUCCUCUCCUCCUGCUGGUCCAGUGGCUCCCAGAGCUCGAUUCCUCGGAGCAGCAGCUCUUCACGUCCGAUUGGCUGCGGCGCCUCAGCUGUUUGAACCGUCAAACCCGCGCCACGUGUGUAAACGCCGCCAUGGUGAUGCGAGCGCUUUCUGGAUUGGAAAGCCAUCAGAGGCUAAACCGAUCCUGCGCCGAGAGUCUUUUAGUGCUUGUGGGAUCGCUGGGUUCUCAGUCUUUGAGCGCCAAAGAACUCCUGGGACUCCUACGCCUCCUCAGACCUCACGAGUCCAAUAAAGCUCACCCGUAUGUGGGUCCUGCUCUCAGAUCGCUGCUGGCCAUGGUGAGGAAGCAGGGCCUGGAGAGUGCCAUGCAGUAUUUUGAUUUGUCGCCCAGCAUGGCGGGCAUCGUGGUUCCGACGGUGCAGCGAUGGCCUGGUGUCGCGUUCAGCUUCAUCGCCUGGCUGUCGUUGGAUCAGGACCAGCUGGGACCAAUGAGCAAGGACAAGAGGAAGCAGCUGUACAGCUUUUUCACCCCCGGAGGGACGGGGUUCGAGGCCUUCAUCAGCUCAGAGGGUGUGUUGGUGGUGGCUGUUUGCACCAAGAAGGAGUACGUCACCGUCAUGCUGCCCGACUACUGCUUCUGUGACUCCCUCUGGCACAGCAUCGGGGUGGUGCACGUACCGGGGAAGAGGCCUUUUGGACAGAGUCUGGUCUACAUUUAUGUGGAUGGACAGCAGAAACUGUCGGCCCCCCUCAAAUAUCCCACCAUGACAGAGCCAUUCAUCUCCUGCUGCAUCGGUUCGGCGGGACAUCGGACCACCACUCCUCCUCCCUCACAGAUCCCAGACCCUCCCUUCUCCUCCGCCUCCACCCCCACCACUCGCUCCUCGCUGGGCGCCAUCUUGUCUCCUCAGACGUGGGGGGGGCUCCUGGGAGGAAAGCCUGAGUCCGUCACCAAGCUGAUCUCUGCAGGGACGCAAGACAGCGAGUGGGGGAGUCCCACCUCUCUGCAGGGACAACUGGGGAGCGUCAUGGUGUUCCACGAACCCCUGCAGGCGAGCCACGUGAAAGCCAUCUGUAGUGCAGGUCCAAACUGCAUCUCUCCUUUCAAAACCCAGGAGUCAGAACUCGGCGACCUCUCCACCAAACUGCUGCUGCACUACUCGCCCAAGGCGUGUAGGAACCCCAUCUGUCUGGAUCUGUCUCCCAACAUGCUGCACGGACGCCUAACUGGGAAUAAAGUGGUCAACUGGGAUAUAAAGGAUAUGAUCAACUGUGUGGGCGGGGUGCUGGUGCUCAUCCCUGUUCUGGAGCAGCUGUCCCUGAUCAUUCCUGAUCAACAAACCAUUGAUCCUGGAUCAGAUUUCAUCACCCCGGAUGUGACCACGCCAGCAGACGGUGAUUGGGUCAUCCUCCCGUCCAAUAGGGCUUCAGAGGCCCGUCUGGAGAAGAAUCUGGUGGCCACCUUCCUGUUGGUGCUGAAGCAUUUCCUGCAGAGACACCUUAUCAACCAGGAGAAUCUGCUGCACUCGCAUGGAGUCGGUACAGUGGGAGCGCUGCUGCAGAAGUUGCCAGCAGGUCACGUGGAUGUCAGCGUUCUGGUUGCCAUGCAGCUGCUGAUCGAACAGGUGACGUUUGAGAAGAACCACGCUCUGCUGCUGCAACUUCACACACACCUGCUGUUCAACUUCAACAUCUGGAACAAAGGAGACUUCCCUCUGCGCAUAGGUCAUAUCCAGUACAUGUCCACCGUCAUCAAAGACAACAGGAAGCUGUUCAGAAAGAAAUAUGGAGUUCAGUUUCUUUUGGACACCAUACGCCUUUAUUACGGGAAGAACAGCCAUAAGGACGGUGACCUGAGUGAGGAUGACAUUCGAACCAUCCGGGCGUCUCUCUGCGGACUCAUCAAGUAUUACAUCAGCAAGGGCAUGUCUCAGGAGGAGAUGCACAGCAUUCUGGGAUACAUCGCCGCCAUUGGAGACGAGGACCAGUUGUGUGGGAUGCUGGAGUUGUUGCUCAGCCUCCUUCAGACGAGUCCGGCCAGAGAUCAGAUCUUUCUUCUUCUCUUCGAGCCGUCGGAGGCCGACUCCUGCUACGCUCUGCUGCUCAACAACAAGCACUCAGACCGACUCCGAGAACUCGUCUUCAAGUUGUUUGAGCGCAUGUUGCGCUGCGACCGUGUCUAUGAGAAGAAUAAGCAGCGUCUGCGUCUGAGAGAGGCGGGAUACUCCGGCCUGUCGCUGCUCUUCUCUGAACUUCACAUCACUCCGACCCUGAUCCGCUGUCUCCUCAACCAGGUCCUCCACACAGAUGCUGUGGUGAACUAUAAGGACAUGAUGGCUCUGGUGCAGCUCACUCAUCGAGCCGGACCUGGUGUACGCCUGCUCGUCUGCAAGAGGGUUUACCAACUGCUUCAAUCCCAACAAGAUGCCGCCGUGCAGAUUUCUCGUCAGCAGUGUUGGCAGGACACCCUCAUGCGCCUCUACCUUCGGGGGGAAGGAUCUUUUCCUCUUCGUGGCUCGGACACAAUCAGCACCUGCAGUCUGGAUCUCAAUCGAUCGGGAGGCACAAAUCGUCUGGAUGUUCCUCAUGAAAGGAGGUCGAGAACGGGCAGCCGCUUGGAGGACGACCGAAUCAGCGUGGGAGAAACUCGCUCUGUGGACAGCCUGGAAAACGGAGACGCCAUUUCUCUUCUGGACACACCUUCUUCUUCUGCCUCCACCUCCACAAAGCCUUGGGUGUUGGGGAAGUCGGGGGGUUUGAUGCUGGAUCUGUCCCAUCUUCAGUCCUUCGAAGGAGGGGACAGCGGCAGCCAAACGCCCGGCAGCGCUCAGAGCACACCGUCACCUCUGGAGACAUCCAAACCUUUUCCAGGGAGCACCGGGGAUAGAGAUAGAGAUGCAACACCCUCGCUGACUGAAGACAGCUUCCUGUUCAGUGACAACAUCUCACUGGGCGAGUCCUUCAACAACGCUGAGCGAGCGGAGGAGGAGCUGUGCAGCAUGCUGCUGGAGAUCGUGCUCUGCGUGAUGUGGCGAGGUGUCGAAGGGUCAGAUGAUUCAGCGUGGAUCGAGCGCGGACAGGUGUUCUCUGCUCUCACCAAACUGGCAACCGCCAACGAUCUGCUGCUUCCUGUCGACCAGAUCAAACUCAGUCUGAUGGAGCGCAUGUUGGAGUGGUCGGUGUGUGAUAACCGCGAGGCGUCGGCCUCCUCGCUGCCGCAGCACACGGAGAACGCGGUGCGCUUGCUGCACAUGGUUCAGGACUUCCUGCAGGCCGAGGGUCUGGUGAAUCCGGCGCUGUGGACGGAGAAAGUUCUGGAGGAGACGGUGACGCUUAUGGACAGCUUGAUGGUUUGGUACGCCUCCGGAUCGCAGUGGUUCCAACUCUCCCAGGUGGGACUCCGGCUGCUGCUGGGCUUCAUGGCGCAGGAGGAUCCAGAGGUGUGUGCCAUGGCGACGGCGAAGCUGAACGGCAUCCUGCAGACGAAGGAGGUGUCGAGUCAGGACGAGGCGUGCUACCUGCUGGGGAAGGUGGAGGGGAUCCUGCGGCGCUCCAUCCAGGAGGAGCAGGCGGAGGAGACGUACUCCUUCCUGGUUCCUCUGCUGAGGACGCUGCUCUCCAAAGUCCACCGCCUCCUCUACAUGGAGCUGCACCUCCCAAAGCUGCCCGACACCAACGGCAGCCCCUCCUUCUUCGAGGACUUCCAGCUGUACUGCAAAUCCCCCGAGUGGCGCGUCUACCUCGACAAAUAUAUUAUCCCGUACAUGAAGCAGUAUGAAAUCGAGACGUUCAGCCAGGGUCACGAGACGAUGGCUCUCUACUGGAAGGAAUGCUACGAGGCGUUCAUGGUCAGCCUGCACAAGAGGGAGAGGGACAGAGGGGAGAGCAAGAUCCGCUUCCAGGAGCAUUUCGUGGAGCCUUUCUCCCGCAGAGGCCGCCAGGAGAACCUGCGCUACAACAGCAUGUUGAAGCAGCAGCACAGCCAGAACAGCGCCACCCUCAGGCAGUGGAAGGCAUCGCGCAGAGGCCUGGUGUGUGAGAGAGGGCCGUGGGCUGACAGGCAGCAGGACGAGAUGCACUGGAGAGUUUCCAGCGCGGAGAACUUCUCCAGAAUGAGACUGAAGCUGGUUCGUAAUUACAACUUCGACCCGCACCGAGAGGCCAGCGCUCUCAGAGACAACCUGGGCGUCCAUCAGCAGCGAGUGAACCCAGACUCUCUGCUGCUGGAGGCGGUGAAGCAGGUGAAGGUGAGCGACCUGGAGGACGACAUCCUGGAUCUACCUGAGGACGACCCGUCUGCCGCCAACAACCAGGUGGAAGCAGAGGAGGCGGGUCAGAAGGAGAAGCUGGUUCUGUGGGAGGAUUGUGAGCUGGUGACAGUGGUCGAUGUGGUUCCUGGCCGUCUGGAGCUCACCACCCAACACAUCUACUUCUACGACAGCAGCCAGGAGAAAGAGGAAGGAGUGGGCCACGACUUCAAAUGGCCUCUUUCUCAGAUCCGAGAGGUCCAUCUGAGGCGAUAUAACCUCCGCCGCUCGGCUCUGGAGAUCUUCCUCAUCGACCAGACCAAUUACUUCCUGAACUUCAAGAAGGAGGUGAGGAAUAAGGUCUACAGCCGCAUGUUGCUGCUGCGAUCGCUCAGUCUCUAUGGGACCAGAUCACCUCAGGAGCUCCUCAAAGCCUCUGGACUCACACAGAAAUGGGUGAACAGGGAGAUCUCCAACUUUGACUACUUGAUGCAACUCAACACGAUCGCAGGCAGAACGUACAACAACCUCGCUCAAUAUCCAGUGUUCCCCUGGAUUCUCGCUGACUACACUUCAGAGGAGCUGGACCUUUCUGAUCCUCGAUGUUUCCGAGAUCUCUCAAAGCCCGUGGCGGCUCUUAACGAACGCAACGCAAAGGCCGUCAGAGAGAAGUAUGAGAGUUUCGAGGAUCCAACAGGAACCAUCGACAGGUUUCAUUACGGCACCCAUUACUCCAACGCUGCUGGAGUGAUGCACUACCUGAUGAGAGUCGAGCCUUUCACCUCUCUGCACAUCCAACUGCAGAGCGGACGGUUCGAUUGUGCGGACCGUCAGUUCCACUCGAUCCCAGCGACGUGGCAGACGCUCAUGGACAACCCCAACGACGUCAAGGAGCUCAUCCCGGAGUUCUUCUACUUCCCAGAGUUCCUGGAGAACCAAAAUGGUUUCGAUCUGGGUCGCCUGCAGAUCUCAAAGGAGAGGGUAAAUGACGUUAUUCUGCCAAAAUGGGCCAAGUCCCCGGAGGAUUUCAUCUACAAACACCGCAAAGCCCUGGAGUCUGAGUGUGUGUCCGCUCACCUUCACGAGUGGAUCGAUCUGAUCUUUGGUUACAAACAGCGAGGUCCUGCAGCGGUGGAGGCCCUCAACGUCUUCUACUACUGCACGUAUGAAGGAGCAGUGGAUCUCGAUGCCAUCACGGAUGAAAAGGAGCGUAAAGCCGUGGAAGGAAUGAUCAGCAACUUCGGACAGACACCCUGCCAGUUACUGAAGGAGCCCCAUCCGGUGCGUCUGUGUCAGGAGGAAGUGGACAAGAGGAAGUCUCAGAUGGACUCGUCUCUUCUCAACAUGUUCGAACACCUCAGCGACCUCAAGUCCUUCUUCGUAGAGGGCAUCAGUGACAACGUGCCGAUAUUAAAAGCCGUGGUGCCGAAGAACCAAUCGCAUUCCUUCAUCACCCAGGGGAGCCCUGACACCAUGGUGACGGUGAGUAAGAACUGUCUGGUGGGGACCCAUGGGUGGCUGCCUUACAACAAGAACAUCUCCAACUACUUCACCUUCAUCAAGGACCCCACCGUGUCCAACGCAAAGACGCAGCGCUUCCUCUCCGGACCCUUCGCCCCCGGGCUGGAGGUCACAGCCGGGCUGUUUGUGGUCUCUCACGAUGGAAAGCUUCUCUUCAGCGGCGGCCACUGGGACAACAGCCUCCGGGUCACCUCUCUGCUCAGGGGAAAGACUGUCGGACAGCACAUCAGACACAUGGACAUUGUGACGUGCUUGUCGACAGACCACUGCGGCAUCCACCUGAUCUCGGGCUCCAGAGACACCACAUGCAUGGUGUGGCAGGUUCUCCAGCAGGGUGGAGCUCCCGUUGGUCUGAAUCCCAAACCGGUGCAGGUGUUGUACGGACACACAGACGAGGUGCUGAGCGUCAGCAUCAGCACGGAGCUGGACAUGGCUGUGUCUGGAUCAAGGGAUGGCACGGUGAUCAUCCACACGGUGCGGCGCGGUCAGUACAUGCGUUGUCUUCGUCCUCCGUGUGAAAGCUCUCUGCCGCUCUCCAUCCUCCACCUGGCCGUGUCCUGGGAGGGUCACCUGCUCGUACACACCUGCAUCGAGGGCAAGGCCACGCUCAAGGAUAAGAACGCCCUCCACCUUUACUCUGUGAACGGGAAGCACCUGUGCAGCGAGCCUCUGAAGGAGCAGCUGACUGAUAUGUGUGUUUCAGGAGAAUACGUGGUCAUCGGCAGCGAGCAGGGAUACCUGACCAUCCGGGACCUCUACAGUCUGUCUCUGUGUUCGGAGCCCAUGGCCAUGAGGGUGCCGGUGCGUUGUGUUUCGGUGACGAAGGAGCAGAGCCACGUUCUGGUGGGUCUGGAGGACGGGAAGCUGAUCAUCGUUGGCGUGGGAAAGCCAGCGGAGAUGCGCUCGGGCCAGAUCACGAGGAAGUUGUGGGGCAGCAAGAAACUCACGCAGAUUUCCUCGGGGGAAACGGUGUACAAAACGCAGAACGUCUGACCCUUCCCCUUCCACAUUCCUGUCACCUCCAUACCCAUCAGCAAACAGUCAUUCUGUGUGAAGAACUCCCUUCAGUUCCUCCUGUGUUUUACACAAACUCUGCAUGUGUGCUUUUUCUGUGAUUGAGAUUACGGCGCUGGCGCUGUGGUUCAAAUCCAGAAGUAGUGCCAGCCUCAGCACCACCUUAACACGACAAACUAUCCCCAUCCAUCGUCCUUUUUACCUGAUGUGUCUCCCAUCUGCCGGCUGAUUGCUCUCCUGUGUGUGUGUGUGUGUGUGUGAGGUGUGUAUUCUCUGUCAAAGUAUAGUUUAAAGGGGCAUUUCUGUCUCUUAGUUUGCCUUAAAGCUGCCACACAGCAGCCUUAUGCAGUAACACCAUCACUCACAAGACCAAACGCUCUGCCUCUCCUAUAUAUAUAUAUAUAUAUAUAUAUACGUCUGAGUGAGAUUGUCUUUUUGUAUUCUUUGGGUUUUUCUGUUGGUUUUUAGACAGAUGUAUGCAUGUACCUAACAUUUUUUGGACCAUUUAGAGAUUGAGAAGCAGACACAGUGAUGGUGGAUUUAUUUUACGCUUAGAUAUGACUGACUUGUUUUGUUCUAGAAACAUCUGUCUUUUAAUGUUGGCAUAGUUUUGUAUGUUCUCACUACAGGCAAAACACUACGUCCUUUAAAGCGUGAGGAUUUAUCCCAGAGAGCCACACAACACUUCAUUGAAUGUUUUUAAGUUACUUGAAUCCAUGUUUAUUUAUAAGUAGUAGUAGCAGUUUUUAAAAUCACACCUUGUCUCUUGAAUAUAGACACCGGUAGGGCAUAUCUUAAACUUUAAAGACUGUUAAGAGACCUGGAGAAGAAGGAGGGAAUCCACAAGGGCUCUAUGAGAUGUCAGUGUUAGCAGCAAUACACCUGUCUUCCUGUAGCUUCUGGAACAAUACAUGCACCCUAAUUCUUUCUCCUGUUCAUCAUUGCCUCAUCCCUUUGUCUUAUUAUCUCCUUCCUGAUCAUUGUGAAGUGAUUUUUCGGGUCAUCGAGGAGGUUUUGCAUGCCUUGUUGUUCGAAUGUGAUUUCUUUGCUGAUAUUAGAAUCACAUGAAGCCACAGAAUGAAGCUCCUGUGGAUGUAAUUUAUAUUUUUGCACCGUGUGUGUGUGUGUGUGUGUGUGUGUGUGUGUGUGUGUGUGUGUGUGUGUGUGUGUGUGUGUGUGUG